AUGAAGCCCGUCGUGAGUGCCAUGCAAGCAUGGCAAUGCACCGUUAUCUCUGUUUUCGCCAUCGUUAUCCUGGGAAUCCUUGGAAUUCUGUUCGGACAGAACCACCCUGAGCUCGUUGGUAGCGACGAGGACCCUGAAGAUGGCAGCGCCGUUGCAGGCACCAUCUUCGUCUCCGUGAUGAUCUACAUCGGUUUCUUCCUCUUCUGCGGCCUGCAGGGUCUCCUCCACGUUCGCGAGAAUCGACGAGGCGCGAUCGCAUUGUAA